AAGCAUAGAAAGGGUGGUGUUUUUCUCUCUCUCUUUCCCCCUUUUUGUAUAACUGGACAUGUGAUUUAAGAUUGCCAUACCUCUGACUUUUCUCACAGUAUCUGCCUCAUUCUGAGGGACUUGGCAAGAGCACAUGCAAGCUUGCAAGCAAGGAGGAAUCCAAGCAUGGACAAGAAAUUGGACCUGUCUAGACUAUCAGAAGAGGAGGCCAAGCACGUAUGGGAGGUCAUUCAGAGAGAUGUUGUCCUUAGGAAAAAAGAGGAAGAGAGGCUCGGUGAGCUCAAAUCCAAGAUAGAGAAAGAGGAAACCAAGAGGGAACUUCUAUCAUCUCAGUCAAACCUGGUGAACACUCACUGUAUCCGCUGUCUGCAGCCCUUUAAGUUCCUGGUGAACAGCAAACGCCAGUGCGUAGACUGUAAACUCUACACCUGCAAGACCUGCAGCCGCUAUAACAAGAAAGAACGCGGCUGGGUAUGCGACCCCUGCCGCAUGGCCAGGGUCCUUAAAAUUGGAUCUUUGGGAUGGUACCAUGACAACGUGCGCUCUCGCUUUAAGCGUUUCGGCAGUGCUAAGGUGAUGAGGUCAUUGUACAAGAGAUUAAAUGGAGAGGGGCACCGUGAUGAUGACACACAGAGCAUGCCUGAUGUCCGCAAUGUGUAUAAUGGUCAUGAUGAUGAACAUAUUGAUGCGAGUGAAGCUCAACGUUAUAAACAGAUCCGAAAGACCAAGCGUCUACUCUCUGUGCACCACAUGGAUCUCGACAUGGACGACUAUGCUCCUAACUCACGCAGACAGUCUGUCCAGUACAUCCAGGAGGAUAGAGGAGAUCAGAGGAAUGAUGUAGAAUACAACACUGAUAUGCACCAUCUCCAUCUUCAGCGUAUGAACCGCAGAAAGAGCCUCGACAGGUUUUUGCGGCCAGAUGAUGGCCUGUACUCUGAAAACAGAAUUGUACGUGCUCGCUCUCUUUCUAAAAUCAACUCCUCCCUGCUACCACGUCAGCCCUACCUGGACACUUCAGAUGAGGAGGACAUAUUCCGUUACCCCGUCUACCAGCUGCCCCCACGCCGCCGCAGUCGGGCAUCAUCUCAAGAAAACAUUCAUCACGGAGCACCACCGAUCAAUGAGCUGAGCAAAAGAAUGUCUGCCAUUGAGAGUCUCUUGAAUCGACUGGAAGAAAAAAUGACUUUGCCUACUGAACGGUCUGUCCAGCCCUCAGCAAUGCAACUGGAGGAGGAGAAGCUCAAGAAAAAGCUAGACGAGCUAAUGAGUGACAGGGCACUUUCCUCUGAUGAGGAUGUGCCAAAGAAAACUCCUCAGUCGAAAGGAUCCAUUGUGAGAAAUGCCUCACAUGGAGACCAGGCACCAAUGGCUCUUGGCCCUCAAGAACCCAUGAGCUCCUCCAGUGAUGAGAUGCUUACCGAAGAACAAAAGAGAUCCUCUGCGGCGGCCCUUUGUGACAUCACAACCGAGAUACUAAGAACUAUUAAUGCCACUGAAAACGCUAUGAAUGAAUUGGCCCCAUCAAACGCUAAUGACAGACUUCAGUUAGAGGGCACAGAUGUUAAGCAGGCUGAUGAUGCUUACAGAGACAUUGAGGAAAAUGUAUAUAUAACUUCGGGGAAGUCCUUCGAUAUGGCAAGGAAGUUGCAAAUGAUUGAGCAGAAUGCUAAGAAUCACUACUUUGGCCCGCUAACUGAUUCUGAACUCUCUGGACUGGAGGACCAAGUUGCUUUGGCAGCUGCCAAAGUUCAAAGCACAGAGAGUGAGGUCUCUGACAUUGAGAACAAGAUAGCCGCUCUUAGUGUUAAAGGACUGUCAAUUGAUAGAGCCAAGAAAAAGGCACUGAGUUUCCAACAAAAAAGGAAGUUUUCCCAAGACAUUCCUUCAAACAGAGUGCAUUUUUAAGCAGGAUGGCACUUUAACUUUCUGUUGCUAUGCAUUGAAUAGCAUUUUAUUUAUCCAUGCAUUUGCUGCUUUAUUCAUACAGGAAUAUAAAUUUAGUCCAGAACAUACAUACCAGAACAUACUUACCUGCUGGUACUGAGUUGUAUGACUGUUUUGCCUUCUGAUCUGCCUUGUCCAUAUUUUGAUAAUAACACCACAGAUGUGGAACAGUUGGUUGGCUGCUGUUUCACCCCAUUCCAAAUGUGGUAUAUGGGAUAGAUAUUUGGUGACAUGUCCAUGUUGUUAAUGCCAAAUUCUGAAAUCUAAAUGUCAUAGUGGAACCAGGCAAUGUAUUCAGUGUUUUGUGUGUGACCAGCAGACCCCCUUGGUUUAAGUAUUUCAACUAUGCCAUGUUCAAAUGAACCUAAAUCAUAUUUUUUCCUAUGAUGCUUUGAACAUCAGCAAAUACCAUGUUUACAUGAUUGAUAUGAUUCCAUAAGACAGACAUAUAUUUCUGUUAAUAAACAAUUAAACAAGUUA